AUGCUAGUUCACGCCACAACAACAACAUCUCCCAGUGCAAAAACAACUCCGAAACAUUUAUGCGCUCAUUCCGGAGCAACGGUAUUCAAAAGAAAGAAGGGAUAUUGGUGCUCACUUUUGUAUGUACAAUUCGAAGGUAGCAACACACCAGCUUACUCUCCUAUCGCAUAUGAAGAUGCAGUCUUAGUCUGCACUUUUAAAAAUAGUACAUUGAGCGGUUUGGAAACAAUAGAGGAAUAUACAUAUUGGCAAAAUUAUGUAAAAAAGUACCCUGGCAACAUCACGGGAAUUUGGGUUGGUGUUGGAUACAAUGAAGCAACAAAAGAAUACUAUUGGAAUGAUGGACAUGCUUUGCCAACUCUCACAAAGCAACCUUCAGUAAUCGAACCGAAUGGAAAAUCGGCAUGGUUUAUCAACAGAAAUACUUCAUCUCCGGAUUUCGGUUAUUUCGGUUUUGUUAACCUGACGGGAAGAGGAAAACCAAAUGUGAAUGGAAUUAUAUGUGGAGCACCCGGACUAUAA